AUGUUCGCCAUUGCUCUCCUCGCCCUUGCCGGCAUCGCUAAUGCCCUCACCAUGCACACUCCCGCCUCGCUCGUCCAGUGCCAGCCCAUCAAGCUGUCGUGGGAGGCUGGUGUUCCCCCCUUCUACCUCUCGGUCGUUCCCGGCGGCCAGACCGCCGCCGCGCCCCUCGUCACCUUCCCCAAGAUGGACGCCUCGUCCCAGACCUGGAUGGUCAACCUCGCCCCUGGCACCUCGGUCACCGUGAUGGUCACCGACAACACCGGUGAGACGUCGGCCACCUCGCCCGUUACCGUCAUGGCUGGCACCAACGCCGACUGCAUGAACGCCUCGUCGUCGUCCCAGGCUCCUGUCGACACUCCCGCCCCCUCGGCCGAGCAGACCCCCGCUGAGACCCCCGCCGUGUCGUCCAGCGCCGAGACCCCCGCCGCGUCUUCGGCUCCCGUCUCGUCUCCUGCCGCCUCGGCCCCUGUCGCCUCGUCGGCCCCCGUCUCGUCGGCCAAGCCCUCGUCCGCCGCUGUCUCGUCGUCGGUGUCGCGCUCCGCUUCGUCGGCGGUCGCUAGCCCCUCGGCUACUGGUGCCUCGGGUGCUGGCCGCGUCGCUGUCGGCGGCGCCGUUGCCGCCGCCGCUGGCAUUGUUGCCCUCGCCGCUUUCUAA